CAGAAUUCAUGGCCAGAUGGAUCCAGUCGAACCAUCAGUUGCCACUCGAUCCUUCGAUCCCCCAGCUGAGCUGAGCUGAUCGAGCUCCCAACCCCACAUGUAGUAUAUUACACUUGUUUAAGUCUCUCGAGCUAGGUGGCCUCUUGCUUUCAGAUCGUUUAAUUUCUUUGUUUAUCAUUAUAAAAAAUAUAUUUCUGUCUUCCUGCCCCUGCCACGGCCCUUAUUAGCUGUUACCCCCCGCCCCCCAGCUCCCACCACAACCUCCGGCCUGACACCAAACUGUCUCUUCUUCCUCUUGGUUCUCAUCUCCCAUUGGAGCUUCACAAUUUUGGUUUCCUCUUGCAUUACAUAGACCAGGAUUUAUAUCAGACUUAAGAUUAGGCAGCUAGGCACGCACACUAAUUAAUUGUGUUUGAUCAAAGACAAAGAAGCUCAAAAUGCUGCGCGGGAAGGAUCACCAGCGAUCCCCGACAACGGCGGCAUCCUUCUCCCCGACCAAGCCAUCGCCGCCGGUGGUGCAGGAGGAGGUGUGGGAGGUGCGCCCAAGCGGGAUGCUGGUGCAGAAGCGCACGCCCGACUCCGACCCGCCCCCGGGCGGCGCGCCGGUGCCGACGAUCCGCGUGAAGGUCAAGUUCGCCGGGGUCACACACGAGGUGUACGUCAACUCGCAGGCCUCCUUCGGGGAGCUCAAGAAGCUCAUGGCGGAGAAGACGGGGCGACACCCGGACGACCUCAAGGUGGUCUACAAGGACAAGGAGCGGGACGCCAAGGAGUUCCUUGAUAUGGUCGGCGUCAAGGACCGGUCUCGGGUGGCGUUGCUCGAGGACCCUGAGGCCCAGGCCCGGCGGCUCAUCGAGGAGAGGAAGAACAACAAGGAGCGCAAGGCUGCUUUGGCUGUCAAUCGUGUUUCGUUGCAGGUGGAUGAGCUUGCCGCCAAGGUGGCGGCGAUGGCGGGGAAGGUGGUGGGGGAGGCGGAGGCGGUGGCGCUGACGGAGGCGCUGAUGAACGAGCUGGUGAAGCUCGACGCCGUCGCCGGGGACGGGGACGUCAGGGCGCAGCGGCGGGUGCAGGAGAAGCGGGUGCAGAAGCUCGUCGAGACACUUGACGGCAUCCGCGCCAAGGCCAAGAGCUCCGUGGGAGGCGCCAAGGCCAGGCAGCCGCACCUGCCGCCGCGGCCGACACCGCCGCCGGCCAGGGCCAGCCAGCAGCACCAGCAAAGGCGGCAGUUCCAGCCGGCGGCGCCGACCACGGCCACCGCGCCCAAGCCGCAGACGGCCACGGCCAGCUGGGACUCCUUCGACCUGCUGUCCUCCGCGCCGCCGCCGCCGUCCUCGGCGCCGGUGACCGCCAUGGCGCCCGCAGUCUCCGCCUCGCCGUCGCCGAGGUUCGAGUGGGAGCUCUUCUAGACACAUGCCUCUGUCUAUCUCUGUCUCUGUGUGUGUAUACACCUUCAUUUCCUUGUUCCUCUCGAUCAGUCAUGGCGCGCACGUCAACUGUCUCACGUACAUUGUUUCUUCUUCCUCAAUUCCUUUCUCCAUUUCUUUGCUUCCUUUUUCGAGUGUAUAUUGAUGAUCUCUACAGAAGACACAAAAAGGCUUUGCAACAGCUCCAGUGAUAUGAUUCCUGAUUGUACACUGCUCCGGCGACUCCCAACGCCAAAUCUUCCUUCUUUAGGAAGAAGUCAUACACAUCUCCAAUGAUCCAUAUCAAUGUCCAUGCAAAUAAGUGGUUUUCGGGCCCCUGUUUGAUGAUGAUACACAAAGGAACUGUUUUUUUUUUCAAGGCAAAUUCGUGUAUGUUUAUAGACAGUACUGUAUAUACUACAUCAAAUCAUCAUCAAUUAAGUACCAGCAAAUAUAUGUGCCUGUCUUCUCCAUGCUGUACGUAACGUAAUGUAUGAUCCAUAAUUCCAUACCAGCUACUCAGCUAGCUACAUUGUAGAUUGUACAAA